GUAGCUGACGGGAGUUUGUUUCUAAAAGACAAAUAAAAAAGAAAUUAAUUAAGUCAUUUUUUGUUGUGACUGAAAAUUAAAAUUAUAAAAAAUUAGAAUAAUUAAUCAAAAAUGGUGAUCGAAACUGAAGACUUUAUUCAGAGCAUAAAUGGAGUUCCACUUUACUAUUAUUAUAGUCAACUGCCGUGCUUUCAUCCACCACCAUAUGCAACGCCACCUUAUGAACCACCUAAGACAUUAUUAAUGACAUCAAAAAUCAGACCACCAAGCUUAUCACCAAUCACUCUUACGCCUCCACUAUCUCCUAAUUUAAAUCUAGGAACAACAACGUCGAAUGUUGGUGAUCAAUCAAGACGAGGUUCCGUUAUCAUGAAAGUGGAAAAUUGCCAAAUUUUACCUGCUAAUGAGACACAAAUUAUAAGUAUUGAGCAUGUCUGUCGAUGGGAAAAUUGUUACAAAUUUUUUGACUCAUUAGAGAAGCUUGCGAAUCACGUUUCGAUAAUGCACAGUAGCGUAUCUAAAGAUAACCUAUAUUACUGCAAAUGGGAGGGCUGCGUACGCACAGACAGAGGAUUUAAUGCCCGAUAUAAAAUGCUUGUUCAUUGCCGAACACACACAAAAGAAAAGCCACAUAGAUGUACGUUUGAGAACUGUGGAAAGUCAUUUUCACGUGCCGAGAAUCUUAAAAUUCACAUUCGCUCACAUACUUUAGAGAAACCAUAUAGAUGUAAUUUUCCGGGAUGUACAAAAGCUUAUAGCAACUCAUCAGAUCGUUUUAAACAUAGUCGAACUCAUCAAAAUACAAAACCUUAUUAUUGUAAAAUAAAUGGAUGUCAUAAACGUUACACAGAUCCUUCGUCGCUUAGAAAACAUGUAAAAACGUUUAAUCAUGAAAAUCUGAUUCAGCAACAAUACGAGCUAAAGUGCAAUGAAAGCAUUGAUAGUGAUGAAGUCUCACAGAAAAUUGAAACAUUGUAUUAUCAUGAGGAAGACAAUCAUAAAAUGAACUAUGAGGAACAUCUGGAGGACAAUAAAUAUUCAUAUUAUGAUGAUAACGUUAGAUUGAGGCAAUGGACUGAUAAUAGUGACUUAACAGUUAGAAUCGAGACAAUUAAUUUGAAUGAAAUGCCUCUAGACUUAAGUUUACGACACAAUAGAUAGUAUUUUAGUUUAAAAAUAAAUAAAUAAAUUUGUCUCAACUUUAUUGAUUUAUUUAUUUACCGGCUGGCAAUUGUGGCAAGCCGGCUAAUCCCGGUAAUCCUUGUAUUAAGCUUGGAUCAAAUUUAGUUACAAUUGCUUGAAAUCCCCCAAGAAUCAGCAUUGGUCCACUAUUUGCAAGAUUAUUAACAGGUGCUGGAAGUCCAAGGCCUGGAAUUAAUCCUGGUGCAGCUGUUGUUGUUGUACUUCCACCUGGAACUAUCCCAUCAAGUAUUCCUUUCGCUUCUGUGGCUGUUGGAAGUGACAGUGAAGCUUUACAAGCAAUUAAAACCAAAAAAGUCAAUAAAAUUUUCAUUUUUUUCUUCUACGUUUUGGUUCCGUUAA